AUGGAUCAUCUGACAGCGCUCUUCCAGGAGAUGUGGCGUCAAGGAAAAGUCCCGCAGGAUUCCAAGGACGCCCCUAUCGCUGACUUCUACAAACGGAAACUAAACCGCCAGCUCUGCAACAACCACCGAGGCAUCCCUCUGCUGAACAUUGCCAGGAAAGUAUUCUCCCGCAUCCUUCUCAGUCGUCUGACCAAUCGCCUAGAACAAGGUCUUCUUCCGGAACGCCACUGCCGCUUCCGCCGCCAUUCAGGGACCACUGACAUCAUCUUCGCCGUCCACCAACUGUAA